CUCUAAAACAAAUUAUAAAAUCAAUACAUACCUAUCUGUUUAUAUUGUACUCACUUGCAGUGUUAUUUUUUUCGCUAUUUUUUAGUUUCAUAAAAAUAUUGGAGAUCUCGUUAACCUUAAAAUAGCAAUCGUUUGUUGUUGUUUCCCCUGCAAAAUUUUACUGAGCUACGUACUGAGUUACCAAUAAAACAGGGCUCAUAUAUGUACUUGGGUAAAAUAUCGUGAAAUUAUUAUUUCAUGCGAACAAACCAGCCGAAAAAAUAUCUUUCGAGUAUAACUGUAAAAAUCGACCAAUGAUUAUUGACUAUUAAAAUUCGUUGAAAGAAAUCAAGCAUUUAAAAUCAUUCCAAAUUAGUUACAAAUUUAUACAAGUACAAAUACAGAUACAAAAAAAUAAACUUUUAAUAACAUGGGCGAAACAAAUGAAUCUUCCACCGAUGAAACAUUGCAACGUUCAAAGCCAUUUUCGUUUGUGCUGUGCAUACAACAUUUCCUUUUCACAUUUAUAAUGAAAAUUGCAAGGGUCAUUUUUAUUAUUAUUUAUGGCAAAAAAGGCCAUUCAAUGUCAGCAAUAACAGAACCUUUGUUACUGGAAUCAGCUACUUCUUUGGCGGAGAAAAUUCGAACGAAACAGUUGAGCAGUGUAAAAGUAUUAGAAGCUUUUAUACGACGAGUGGAAGAGGUAAAUCCCAUGUUUAAUUGUGUCGUUGAUAAACGCUUUGAUGAAGCACUCAAAGCCGCAGCGGAAGCGGAUGCUUUAGUAGCAUCUGGAGCUUAUACAACAGAAGAACUUUUAAGAGUAAAACCUUUUUUGGGAGUUCCGAUCUCUACAAAAGAUUGCAUAGCUGUUAAAGAUUUUCUUUAUACGGCUGGGCUGUACGCUCGAAAAGGAGUGCGAGCAAAAGAAGAUUCAGACGCUAUGGGAUUGAUGCGGAAAGCCGGUGCGAUACCUUUCUGUCUUACAAAUGUUUCAGAGAUGUGCAUGUGGUGGGAAAGCUCAAAUACACUUCAUGGACGUACACGCAACCCAUAUGACACUAAUCGUAUUGUAGGAGGAUCAAGUGGGGGUGAAGGGUGUAUCCAAAGUUUGGCUGCUUCACCAUUCGGACUAGGGUCCGACAUUGGAGGUUCUAUACGCAUGCCUUCGUUCUUCACCGGUACAUUUGGUCACAAACCAUCAAAAAAUAUUGUCUCGAAUAAAGGUCAAUUUCCAAUGCCUUUUUCUUCGGAGCAAGACUCAUUUCUUGGAAUUGGACCCAUGUGUCGAUAUGCUGUUGAUUUAAAACCAAUACUGAAAGUUAUUUCCGGCGAGAGAUCCAACCUUCUCAAUCUAGAUGAACCAGUUGACCUAAAGAAACUUAAAUAUUAUUAUCAGGAGAGCGAUGGAGGAAGUAGAUUAGUCUCUCCAGUUGAUGAAGAUUUGACGUAUUCACUGCGUAAAGUAGUUGAGUAUUUGCAAGGAUCAACUGGUAUAAGUGCAACGAAAAUUCAACUUGAUAGUUUCAAGCAGUCUGCAGCAAUUUGGUUUGCGAAUAUGAAGGACGACUCCGGACAUGGGUUUGGUCAUCAGUUGGCAAAUUUAAAUGGAGACAUUAAUCCGAUAAAGGAACUUUUGAAAUUUUGUGUUGGUCAAUCAAAGCACACUUUUAUUGGGUUGAUCACAGCUUUGGUAGAUGAUGCCCAAACUCCAUUUGGGUCACCAAAAUACCAUCAUUUAGUUAAAAAGCGCAAUGAUUUGCGUAGUGAGUUGCAGGAUUUACUUGGUGAAAAUGGUGUUUUGAUCUAUCCAACUCAUCCCACCGUAGCACCAUAUCACAAUGAGCCUUUGGUGCGUCCACUUAACUUUUCUUACACUGGAAUAAUCAAUGUUUUAGGUUUUCCGGCAACGGCGGUACCUCUCGGUUUAGGUGCAGAAGGCCUUCCUCUUGGUGUGCAAGUAAUUGCUAAUUUUAAUAAGGAUCGCCUUUGUUUAGCUGUAGCUGAAGAACUGGAAAAGGCAUUUGGUGGUUGGGUACGCCCAGAAGUAAACAUUUAGAAUUGUAUUUACUUUCUUAUUUGUAUUUAUUGAAAUCGGUGUAUAUUCAACAGUUGUGGUUUUAUCACAAAAAACUUAAGCACUGCAUCCUAUAUUGUAAAAAAAAUUUAAUAUAACACUUUACAAUUCACAAGCUCAUAUUUUUGAUAUAUGCAAAGUCCUUUGAAUUUAUGUACCAAAAUAUUUUAGUAAUUAUUUUCAUAUACAACUCUAUUAAGUGAUAUCUUUAUGUAUUGAAAGACACAAACAUAUUUAUGUUCAAUAAAAAUAUUAAAUAUAAUAUUAAACAUUUCUUA